GCUGCUUGCAUUUGUGAUUUAUGCUUAACGUCUACGAUAAUGCUUUUAUGCAAGUAGGCAACUGACAUCGGAUUUUUGAUCAAGAUUGAACAUAUCAAGCCAUUCGAAAACAACAAAUUUGUUGAGAUAUCGGAGGAGAACACAACUCAACACUAGCUUCGACUCAGUAGUGGUCGUUGUUAAGUGCGUUGGGGAUGCGAUGAUGAUGAAGUGCUGCUGGGUACUCGUUUAUUUCUUCAGCUUUUCAAAGCUGUUUUUUAGAUAUGAGAACUUAGUUGUGGCAGAACCGAGGCCAUUGUAUCUGUUUUGUCGUCGCAAACAAAUUACUACUCGUAGAAAUCAUUGCCGCAAAUGAACCGCAACCACUAGUAAGGAAUAAGUUGAAUCAGGUAACUCGGACAUCAAAUUCUAUAACAAGCACAAUAACAUAGAGUUAGAACCUCAACUAACUAGUCGGCUUCUGAUGCCGAUAUAGUUGUUUUUAUGUGUUUCGAGAUUUUUUUAGAGGCCAUCGACCACUACAAUGAUGAACAAGGAGUACAUGAUCAAGAUCAACAUCAUUUCACAACCUACGCACACCCCCUAUGUCAGUGCCCUGCGUGCCCGUCUUUUGGAUUGAUUGUACACUUCAACGGUCUGUGCCGUUAUGUGAAGUUUCAAUCUUGCGGUGUGACAUCGAGGUAUGGCACACGCACACAGACUUACACACACGUAUUCGGGAAGUUAUAAUGGAUAAUGCCGCCCCUAGCUAGGUUCCACACUACUAAUAACUAGAAGAACGAAGGAUGAACUAGUGCAGUUUAAUAAAGAUAGGAGGAGAACUGUCUGCGAGGCGACGAUGAUGAUGAGGAAAGGCGUAAAUUGACGGGAAGGAUCCUCAAUUGAGGGGUAGGGAAAAAUAGUCAAUACGAGGAACCACUUCCAGUGGGGUGCAGUCACUGACUCCUAAUAUGCGACUGAUCGAUUUACAAUCACAACAGUUAAAGUUAUAAUAUAACGAUACGCUAGGUAGAAGACGUAAUAAGCCGGGAAGUGGUAGGGUAGUCUUUCUGUCAUCCCCUAAUGCUCCUAGUGAACGUGGUUGGAUAUGAUGGAAGUGCUAUCAAGCAGUAGGAUGCCGUCUUUCACCGCCGCGGUGUACACAGACAUCCCUGGAGAUUAGAAAGAAUUCGCCAAGAACCCGGCAAAUGUGAUCGGUUGCGACUUGCGAUAUAUGUAGUCGUUGUGAAAGUCAAACACAAGUGUGAGUAAACUGGGGAUGCUUGUUAGAAGGAGAUCACCACGAAGAACGAAACUUAAAGCCAACCAUUUCUAUGUGAAGGCAGGCGAUGAGUUAUCAGCAACAGGCUUCAAUAACUUCGAUGUAUGAGUAUAAUCUUGUGCUAAGGCUUUGGGGUGCGGAGACCGGCCGGAAGUUUCACAACUUCUUGCAUGGUCGAAGCAAAGUCAGAUUGUCUUUCAUGGUCGUAAACCCCUGGAAGCGCAGCGAAUAAGACAACCUGUGCAUGGUCACAAAAUUCAGGUGCUUUCCGCUAACGUUGAAAGGAUGCAAAAAAGUCAUCAGUAUAAAAGAUGAUAUGUUUUUUAGUCCUGUGCAUUUCGUACCGCAAUGACAAGACCUUGGUAAGUUUCUGUUGGUGGGAAACUCCGCACACGGGAAGGGCUAGAAUAAAAGAGUUUGAAGUCAGUUAGUAAGGUGUCUAAAGUGAACUCGAAGUAUGGACGGCGUUGUGG